UUAGCUUUUUCUCCACUAACUCUAAAAGACUCACCCUUUUGCUUUUCGUGUGUUUUGGAUUGUUGUAGAUCCACAAAGAUCAUAAAGAAGAUGAUUCAGGAACUGUUGAGCGGUGCUGGCCUCAUUGCAGGUGAAAGGAAAAUCUCCACUAACGGAGCAGCGGGAGUUUCGCCGCUCAUCACUACGCCUCAUACUUCGGUUCCUUCUUCUUCAUCUCACCCUUCCAUCCCCACCAAUACUUCUACCACCACCGCUGCCGCCACAUCCACAAAUUCCGAGAACCAGAACCUGAGGUGCCCUCGAUGUGAUUCUUCCAACACAAAGUUCUGUUACUACAACAACUACAACCUCACUCAGCCUCGCCACUUCUGCAAGACAUGUCGCCGGUACUGGACCAAAGGUGGUGCUCUCAGGAAUGUUCCAAUCGGAGGUGGUUGCCGGAAGAACAGGAACCUCGGCGCUUCCAACUCCGUCGUGAAGACGAGCGUGGCUAAGAUGAAAACAGCUGCACCAUCGGAGCUUGAAAGGUCGGUGCUCGGGGUGGCCGGGUUCAUCGACCACGACCUUGCUUCAAACCCGAUUCUAUGGGGCUCACCGCAAAAUUCUCAUGUGUUAGCUUUGCUGAGAGCUAGUCAAAACCAUAACCCUAACCCUAACCCUAGUCUUCCCAUGUCCAUUAAUGCUGUUAAGGAACAAGGGACCUUGAUGGUGUCCCACGCGGUAACUGAGCCAGUGGUUGGAAAUGGAUUGGUUAACGGUCGAGCCCUAAACUUUGAUUCUGUUGGUCAAUUUCCCACACUUGGGCUAUGCAGCUCUAUCUGGAGAAGCAGUAACAGUAAUAACAACAAUCAAAAUGGGUUCUUAGUUGGAGAACAUGAGGGCAGUGGAAUUCAAGAACUGUACCAGAGGCUGAGAUCAUCUUCAGCAGCUAAUUAUUGUAGCGACAAUAACUCGUCACAGGUGUUGGGGAACAUGGCUUCUUCUUCACACGCAUCUUCUUCUUUAUCUGCUAAUUUGGGGUCUGCUCCAGUAGUUGCUGGGGAUGAUCAAUUGGGGUAUACCUGGAAUCCAACUCUUUCGUGGUUUGAUCUUUCCACCACCAAUGGUACUUCAUAUCCUUAACUCCAUUCUACGAACAUCUUAGUUUCUCUCUCUCUCUUUUCGAAGUUCCUUUUUCCUUAACUCACUUGUACGUUAGGGCUGUUAAUUUCUGCUUUGCUUGUUUUUGGUUUCGAGUGGGAUAUGAAUAUGGAUAUAUGUACGUAGCAUCAGUCUUCUUUUACACAUUUUCCACUACUUUGCUUUCUUCUGUGUGUUUUGGUCAAUGUAAUGUUUGGCUUAAUUAUAUUCUCCCGGACCAGACAGUGCUAAAAUUGAAUGGAACUUAAGGCCGAGUGUUUUUCUAGUA